AUGCAUCCGUAUCAAGCUUCUGGUGGUAACAAUAAUCUUUCAAGUGGAAAUGCAUCCACAAACAUACCUCAAGUCACAUCCCCAACCCAAUCAAAUUUGAGACAAGGCUACCUGCAACAAGUGCCAACACAAAACAUCACUAACAAUUCUUAUUAUCCAAGAAACACAUCGAGCAACGUAGCUCCAAAUCUACUUCCUCAUUUAUCCUACAAUGGCAUACUUCCCCCACGUACAUUUAUUGGCACAUCACCUUUGAAUGGAAUUCCACCUCCUGCGUAUGGAAGUCAACCAAAACAAUAUCAACAAGCGCAGCCAUCAAAUCAGCGUCUUAGUUUCCGUAAUGAUCAACCCCAACAAUUAGAUCCAAAGCAACUUCAAAAAAUAACAUCGCCAUACCAGCAAACUUCGCAACAAUCUUUAUCACCACCACCUCCACAGCAGCAACAACAACAACAAAGUUAUUACCAACAGUCACUGCAGAAUUAUUCCCGGGAAUCCUCACAGCAUCCUCAAGGACAGCAGACGCGUGGGUUAUUAUCAUCAGGAAAUAGCAGUAACCAAAUAAAUCUCUCGGCUUCGAUUCAGCAAGAUGACCAUAGACAACAUAAAUCUAACAACCACAAAAAGACAAAUGAAUCAAAUGUGGUUGCAAAACCUAUUGAUCAAAUAGAUCCUUCUACUGGAAAGAAAAAAAGGGGUCGCCCCAAAAAAUUCAUACUUGAUCCUUCAACAAACACUAUGAUUGAUUCAACGCAUCCCAAUUUUAAACAGUUGAAUAAAGCGUUGAAAGAUGGAAAUAUUGACCAAGAUGUGAGGUCUAAUGGAAACAACGUCACUAAUGAUAUGAGUGUAUUACUCAAUUCUUCAGGGACAGUAGACGGAUUUAAUGACUCGGAGUUGAAAGAAUUACUAAAGAAGAAAGACAGAAGAGGUCGACCAAGAAAAUUCCCUGUUGAAGAAACUGGGGUAACUAUUAAAGGGGUUAGAAUUAAUGGAAGCGGUAUUUCCAAAACCAAAAAUUAG